AUGGAAGAUAUAAGCAACAAAAUUUAUGAGCUUUUCAGAUAUACUUUUAUUGCUAAUUGUGAUAUAGACGAAGCUCCUAUGACACAAGAAGAAAUAGACACUCUUGAUGCCUUGCAGCCUCCAGAAAUUUUGGAAAAUUUAAAAGACAUUAUCACAGAGCUGCUUGAUUUUAAAAGGGAAUUCAAAACUACUGAUUCUGCUGAACUUAUAUGCUCUAUUUAAUAGAAUUGGGUAUUAUAUGUAAAUAAAUAUGGGGUGAAGUAAAUUCUUUAGAAUUAAGCAUGAAACGUGCAGAACAAUUUGAAACGAUGCUUCAAAAACUUGAAGCAGAAGCCAGAGUCCAUAUACAAAUUGAGCAACAAAUGAAGCUCCAGUUGGAUAUAGCCAAAAGUAAGGUUGAAGAGUAUGAAAAAAUGAAUAAAAUUUCGCAAAAACACAAAAACCAAUUGAAUUUAAGAUUAGACAUCAAAUUGGAUCACAGCCCAAUUACAAAUAAAGAAGAAAAAGCAGUCUCUUACAGAGAAAACUACAAAGAAAUCGACAAAAUUAAGAAAAAAUACGAAAAUAAAUUGCAGAAAUUGAUAGAAGAUAGUGAAAAUAAAGAUAAAAAUAUUAAAAUGCUAGAAGUGGAAUGCACAAAAUUAAAAAUAAUUUUAGAAGAAAAAGAGAAGGAGUUUGAUAAAUUGAGAAAUCAGGUAAAAAAUAUGCCGGCUGAUAUUAUUGAUCUUAGAAAACUAGAAAAAAGGACAAUUAUAAGCACAGGGUACCUAAAAAAAAAGCAAGACGAAAAAUCGUUAGGGAUUUUAAGAUACAAUAGCCAAAUAAAAGGAGGGACACCCUUAAAAGAUGUAAAAAUUCGAAAAACCCCUGGAAAAUCAAUAGGGAAUGAAUUACCAAAAGAUUCGUCACCUUAUGGGAUGUGAAAUGAAGCAAAUAACUCGUAUAAAAAAAUAUCGAUGAUGAAAAAGUUUGAAAUUACUCCACAUAAACAUUUCAGAAGCUUUUCUGAAUACGAUAAAGUGAAGAAAAUUUCUACGUAA